AUGACCAAAGACCCGCCCAGCCGCUCUUCCUCGGACGAGUCAAUUCGAGAGGUUCAAGAUGAAGAGCGAGAAGCCAUCAUUGGCGCCGAAAGGAGCGCGCUUGAGGAGGAAUGGUGCAACGGCAUUCGCUUGAAGGUCGACCUUCGACUAUGCAGUAUCGCGGGCCUCCUCUGCUCGCUCAAUCUGCUUGACAGCGGUGUCAUUUCCAGCGCAUCCGUUACUUCCAUGCUUCGCGACCUGGAGCUCGAUGUCGGCAACAGAUACUCCGUCUCCAUAUUCAUUUUUACCAUUGCAAGCAUUGCUUUUCAGCUACCGUCAACAAUCGCUGUCAGAACAUUCGGCCCGAGAAUCUGGUUUUCCUUCAUCACCUUCUGCUUUGGCAUCAUUACGCUCUGCACAGCCUUUGUGCAAACGUGGCGGCAGAUGAUUGCACUCCGCAUCUUGCUUGGUAUUGCUAUGUCGGGCAUCUACCCAGGUCUGACCUAUCUUAUCUCCACAUACUAUACGCGGAAGGAGCAACAGCUUCGCUUUGCGCUGAUGCAGAGCGGAGAAGUCAUUGUGCUUGCAACGGGUGGGAUUGUCAACUAUGGUCUCAGCCAAAUAAAUGACACACAUCUGAAAAGCUGGUCGUAUAUGUUUCUCGUGCAGGGGAGUAUCACCGCCUUUAUUGGUAUCCUGACAUACUGGUGGAUGGUCGACUUUCCAGAGCAAGCACACAAAUCCUUCUGGUUUCUCACUCCGCACGAGAGUGCUGUGGCAUCAGCUCGCAUUGAAAAAGACCGCGGCGAUGUCCAGGCCGACCCAUUUACAUGGAGCAAGGUCUUUGUACACGCCAGAGACCCCAAAGUGUAUGGAUUUUGUAUAUUAUAUUUUCUUCAAAAUCUCGUCUCGACCUCACUAUCAUACUUCCUCCCAAUCAUUCUACAAGGCGGCAUGGGAUUCAGCUCCGGCAAGUCCAUUUUGCUCUCUGCGCCACCGUACUACUAUGCUGUCAUUCCAGCUAUCCUGUCGUCCCUAGUCGGUGACAAGUUUCAGCUGAGGGGGCCAAUCAUAGUGUUCAACUGCCUGUCCCUGAUUUUGGGCUUCUGUAUGCUCGGCUUUUCGAGUCAGGUCACGGUAAGAUACAUUGGAACGUAUCUUGCAACAGGGGCGUAUGUGGCCAAUUGGGCCGCCAUGGCUACGUACCAGGCCAACAACAUUGUGGGUCAAUGGAAGAGAGUGUUUACGGCUGCAAUGGUUACAGCGUUCAAUGGCGCAGGUGGUAUUGCUGGGAGCUUUAUUGUCAGGCAGCCCGAGAGUCCAAGAAGCCGCGCCGCGCCUUGUACCGCCACAAUGGUCUUCCUGGGCAUAUACCGUGCCCUCUACGACUAUGAGCCCCAAAGUAGUAAUGAGAUUGCCUUGACCGAGGGCGACAUUUUGAUGGUCCUGGAGAAGUCCACCGACGAUGACUGGUGGAAGGCCAAGAAAAAAGGACGCGAAGAAGACGAGGAGGAGCCCGAGGGCUUGAUCCCAAACAACUACAUUGAAGAGGCCGCCCCCAUUGCGCAAGCCAAAGCCCUGUUUGACUACGACCGCCAGACGGACGAGGAGCUGUCGUUCAAGGAAGACGCCCUUCUUGAUGUCUAUGACACCACGGACCCAGACUGGACGUUGGUGGGUGUGGAAAGCGACUAUGGGUUUGCACCGGCCAACUACAUUGAGCUCAUCAAGGGCAAAGCUGCCUCAGCCGCACCCACUGCAUCGUCCCCGGCGGCGCCAAGUCGCCCACCAAUGCCCCCAGCCGCCGACUCCUUUGACGACUCUCAGCCGCCUACCCCAGAUAGCCCCGCGCAACCAAGCCCUGCUGCGGCACUCGCUGGCAUCAUUCAGAAGAAGUCUCAGGAAACCGCGCCGCGAUCGACCAUUUCGCCCCCACCCAACGUUAGCGCGCCUCAGCGACGACGCGUGCAAUUCACGCCCGAAGAAUCCGACGACGAAGCGCCACCACCUAGUCUUCCUCAACGGCGAGUAUCCGAAGCGGCCUCUCAUCCGCCUACCCAGUAUGCAACAGCGCGAUCCCCGUCCCCACCGGCCAGAUCACCUCCCCCUCGAAGUGUCACGUUUGAUAAAUAUGAUCCACCAAGCAGAGAAGAGCAGCCAACCACUCCAAGGUCGGCCUCGGGAUACCGUCUCUACAACAUUUACGAGUACAUUACGCAGCCGGGCAAGAACAAGAAGAUGCCCAUGACAUUGGGUGUCAACAUUCCCAAGGGCAUGAUCAUGAUUGCGCCAGAAAAGUCACGCGACGGGCCGCAACAAGAAUGGAGUGCCGAAAAGAUGGAGUACUAUUCGCAGGAGGGCAAGCACAUCUUCAUGGAGCUCAAGCAGCCGAGUAAAAGCAUUGACUUCCACUGCGGAGCCAAGGACACUGCGUCAGAAAUCAUGAUGGCUCUUGGUGAGCUCGCGGGAGCUGCAAAGAGUGCGGGACUGCGGGAAGUGCUUGCUGCUGGCUCCGGACACUCCAAUGUACAGAAAAAGGGAGUCAUGUUAUUCGACUUUAUGGCACAGGGUGAUGAUGAGGUAACUGUUGGUCUCGGUGACGAGAUUCUAGUACUCGAUGAUUCAGCUAGUGAUGAGUGGUGGAAAGUCAGGCGGCUGAAGAACGGCAAGGAAGGUGUCGUGCCAGCUAACUACGUCGAGAUUACAGAAACCGCGUCCGUACCUGCUCCUGCUGCCUCGAUCGCUCGUUCCGGGACCAAUGCUGGCCGAUCUAUAGUUGAACAGAACAGGCGGGAAGAAGAGGAGUUGGCUCGCCGGGCCGCAAGACAGAAGAGGCCAGAAAGUGAGGCGAGGAACGAUCAGAGAACAAGCAAGCGCGAAACCUCCUCCAAAGACUCGAGUUCGAAGUCCUCGUCCAAGCCAAACCCCGCCAAAGUGCGCACCUGGACCGACCGAUCUGGCUCGUUCAAGGUUGAAGCCGAAUUUAUUCUUAUCAAGGAUGGCAAGAUUCACUUGCACAAGGUCAAUGGUGUGAAGAUUGCAGUACCCGUCACAAAGAUGUCUGUCGAGGAUCUUGAAUAUGUCGAGCGCGUCACAGGCGAAUCUCUGGAUGACGACAAGCCUUUGUCUGACUUGAAGAGAAAGACCAUGCAGCGAUCAAAAGACGGACGUUCUCCGACUGGGUUGUCGGUUGAGAAGAAGCCCGAGUACGACUGGUUUGACUUCUUCCUCAAGUGUGGUGUCAACCCGCAAAUAUGUGAACGUUAUUCUCGGGCGUUUGUAAAAGACGAAAUGACCGAGGAGAAUAUUCCAGACAUCACGCCGUCGCUUCUGCGUACUUUGGGUCUCAAAGAGGGCGAUAUCCUCCGUGUGUCCAAGUACGUAGAUGCCCAGUUCGGGCGUAACAAGCAAAACGCCGGCUCUGCAGAGGACAAUGGAGAGGGAGCGUCUGGUGGACUAUUCUCUGGACCCGGAGGUGCACUUCGUAACAACACCCGCAAGGGACGUCCUGCACCUCCUGUGGAGACCAACGAUGUGGUGGAUCCAAAGGCAUUCGAGACGAAAUCCGACGACGCUGGAAAGAAGCCUGUAGAGAGUGCUGCAGCUUCUGCAGGUACAUCGGACGCCAAGGCGAACGGAUUCGACGACAAUGCCUGGGAUGUCAAGCCAUCAAAGUCGGCACCUGCUUCUGCUCCAGAAAAGUCUGCGUCUCCACCUCCAGCGCAGUCUGCACCUGCUGCAAAGCCACCUCAGUUGACUGGAGCUAUGGGCGAGCUGUCCCUCUUGGAUAUGCCCGCCCUCAAACCCGAGGAGAUUGCUCAGCCAACACCUCCUGCACCUGCGCCUGCUCCACAGGCAGCACAGGCACCCGCUCCACAGCAGCAGCCACAGCAGACAGGAGCUACUCCAACUCUGUUCGAGCAGGUUGCAGCUAUCAAGGCCUUGACUCAACCUCAGAACAUGGCACCACCACGCAUGCGUCCACAGGCUCCUCAGCAGCAGAGUGCUGGCGGUCUGCUCGCUCCACCACCUCCACGUGCAGCCUCAGCUCCGCAGAACCCGCAACAGAGUGCGUUUGGUCCGCCACCACCUCUGCAGCCUCAGCUUACUGGCUACAACCCCAACAUGAUGACUCCAAACGUUGGACAGGGGCAGGGAAUGCAAGGAAUGCAAGGCAUGCAACCGCAGAUGACUGGGUUCCCCCAACAAAAUGGAGCAUACGGGUUCCAGCAGAACGGCAUGAUGGCGCAACCAACGGGAUUCAAUUCCAUGUCGCCGGCACCACCGCAACAGCCCAUGCAAACUGGGUUUGCGCCAUUUCAGCAGCCUCAGCCUACAGGGUUCCAACAACCAAUGGCGACGGGCUAUCAGCAGUCACCGCACUUCACCCAAGGGUUUGGUAACGGCAGUCCGUUUGCGGAUCCCCCAAUGGCACCUUUCCAACCACUGCAGGCCCAGCCGACUGGAUACAAUUCGUUCCAGCCAGCACCGCUUAACCCGCAAGCGACUGGUGUCAACCGCUUCUUGCCUCCGGCAAUUGUGCCGCAGCCGACGGGCUUUGGUCAGAGCCCACCACCGGUACCUCCGAUGCCGCCUAUGCCGGGUAUGCCGCAAGCACAGCCUUUAGUGCCGCAAAAGACUGGACCUCCCCCAAGCAUCAAGUUUGGUGUUCAGCCUGCGAAGAAGCUGACAGCUCAGCCAACGGGACGGGCGAACCUCGCCAAUGCUACUCCUCAGAACCCCUUUGGCUUUUAA